AUGCCCCCGUCCGCCACCACCAUCCUCCGCCGCGCCACGAGGGCGGACCUCCCCCGGAUGGCCCGCGUCCUCGUAGACGCAUUCGCCCCGGGGCCCUGGGGCAGGACUCUCUUCCCACCACACCUGAAAGUCAAGCCCGGCGACGGCGACGAGCUCGACUGGCGCCUGUACAUGAUAUCCUCCGGCUUCGACAGCCCGGGGCGGGAGACCGUCGUGGCCUGCGAGGUGGAGGCGCAGAGGGAGGAGGAGAUCGUCGGCUGGGCGCAGUGGAUCGACCUGGCCGCCAGCCGGGAGGGUGGCGGGCCGAGCCCCGAGGAGAUGAAGGCGAAGAUGGAGAGGGACCUGGGCGCCAAUCCGGCUGGGCUGGACGGCGAGGCUUUUGACAGGCUGCGCAGUGGUGGCCAGCAGCUCGAGAAGAGUUUUGAGGAGGUCCUCGGGACUGAGCGGUCCAGGGCGUCGUGGCAUCUGAACUACCUGGUCGUCCACCCCAAACACCACCGGCAAGGCAUCGGCCGGCUUCUAGCCAAGGAGGGCCUUGACCGAGCGGCCAGCCAAGGAAGAGACGUGUGCCUGCGGUCCACGCCCCAGGGCCGCCCAUUGUACCUGGCUUUGGGCUUCGAGCAGAUCCGCGAGCAGGAAGUCUUUGCGGAGAGCCAGUAUGCCAUGGUAUGGAAAGCCUCCGACGACGCGCCAACUCCUUGA